AUGUCUCAAUCCAUUUCUGUCAAGGACGAGCUGCAAAAGUCGACUGCCACUGCCCCUCCAGAUGCAGUUUCUCAGCAGUCUGACAAUGUCGCUCACGCUCUAGCUGGUUCGGGCGGUGGUCUCAUCUCUAUGGCUCUAACUUACCCUCUGAUCACCUUGUCAACACGCGCCCAGGUCGAGUCCAAGAAAGCCGACACCAACGUGCUCCAAGCAGCUCGCAAGAUCAUCGCACGCGAAGGUGUGCGCGGUCUAUAUGCUGGUCUUGAGUCUGCCCUCUUCGGCAUCAGCGUCACCAACUUUGUCUACUACUACUGGUACGAAUGGACUCGCGCUGCUUUCAUCAAGGCUGCAAAGGCUUCCAACCGCCCCAAUGCCAGCAAGCUCAGUGCUUUGGAGAGCAUGCUUGCUGGUGCGCUUGCUGGAAGCGCAACUGUGCUCAUCACCAACCCUAUCUGGGUGGUCAACACUCGCAUGACAGCACGCAAGAAUGAGAGCGACGAGAGUGCUCUCCCUACCGAGGAAGGCGCAAAGCCCAAGAAGCAGCUCAGUCCUAGCACUAUCGGUACCCUUUUAUCCAUCAUCAAGGAUGAAGGUUUCAUGAGACUCUUCGCAGGUGUUUUGCCAGCUCUCGUGCUGGUCAUCAACCCCAUCCUUCAAUACACCAUCUUCGAGCAACUGAAGCAGUCGCUUGAGAAGCGUCGUCGUGUUACCCCCAAGGACAGCUUCUACCUCGGUGCUCUGGGCAAGCUCGCCGCCACUAGCAUUACCUACCCAUACAUCACAGUCAAGUCCAGAGCCCAUGUUGCCAGUGGAGAGAAGGAGGGCAUGUUCGACAGCUUCUCCAGAAUCUUGCGUGAAGAGGGUUGGGCCGGUCUCUACGGAGGUAAGUCGAGCUCCAUCACAAUACCAGCAUUUAGUACUAACUCCCUCUUCANNGGUAUCGGCCCCAAGGUCACUCAGAGUGUCAUCACUGCAGCUUUCCUGUUCGCAUUCAAGGAUGCACUUUACAAUGCAACCGUCAAGGCUCGCAGAAACAUUGCCCAGAAGGCCUAG